GAGAGAUGGUUCGGACGGCGAGCGAGUGGAGUGGCGGCAUUGGUGGCGACGGUGGCGAGCUAGAGUGGGAGAGGCGUGAGGGAGCAGAGUGAAUGAGGUGGUGAGCAAGGGUGGCGACGUUCGCGACAGUGGAAGGGCGGCGUGCGGGUGGCGGAUACAGCAGCAACGGUAACAGCGGGGAGGCGGCAGUGGGUGGAUGGUGUGGAGAGCCGGGAAGGUGAGGAAAGCACUGCUGGCGAUGGUCGAGCUGGACGUGGACGGCGCGUUGUUUGACAGCGCUGCCGUGUGGUCGGCGUUCUGGUCCGUGGACGCAGAAGUUCGGGCGUUUGCGCAAGUGCCACGAUGUUCCCGCUGCUCCGAGCUUAUUUAGAUGCAAAAGACCGGCUUUUCAUUCUACCACUCAACUCACCGUCUACGGCACAAUUACGAUGAGUGAUAUUGACAACUUUGGCACCGUCCCCUCAACGCAAACAUGCCGGCGACGAUGCAGACCGGGACGAUUUUCAGCGUUCAGGGAUUAAUAGAGAAGGCUGCGAUGGU